CGAAUUCACACACAUAUGCAUAAUAUAAUUACAUAAGGAUUGUGUAACUGUAAUGUAUCCAGAAUAAAUAUUUUCCUUUGCAAUCAAAAUAAAAAUCAACUCGCCUAUUAUAUGUGCGCAUUCAUGUUAUCAGUUAAAUUUCCUGUAAAUUAUAUAAUCAAUGAACAAAGACACUGUGGAUGUGGUGGGUUCAAAUUGAAACCAAAAGGUUCUAGUGUUCAAUCUACAGAGAAUGAGAAGUCGAAACGCGACAGCGUUUUCAUCGACAAACGUGGCAAAUUCAGAGAAUUCAAUCAUAAGAAGGUUUCAAGGAAAAAAGGUGGUUCAUUGAGGGGUCAAGGAUGGAAAUACGGGUCGGGAUUCGUCGACGGAAUAUUCCCAGUGUUGAGCCCCAUUGCACAAGAGAUUCUCAACUUUGUGCAGAAGGAGUUUAAUAGUACAAGUAGAGUUUGGUCUUCCUUAGACAAUUUGCCUCCCACUAACACCAAUUGGGAUGACCUAAUCAGCAUUGCGGUUCGCCUCCGUCUCAACAAAAAAUGGGAUCCAAUCAUAGUGAUGUGUGAAUGGAUGUUGAAAAGGAGCUCGUUCAAGCCAGACGUUAUUUGCUACAAUCUACUUAUAGAGGCUUAUGGGCAUAAACUACGUAUUAAGAAGGUGGAAUCGACUUAUUUAGAACUCAUCGAAGCUCAAUGUAUACCUACUCAAGAUACGUACGCACUUCUUGUGAAAGCCUACUGUAAAUGUGGAUUGGUUAACCGUGCUGAAUCUGUUUUUACCAAGAUGAGAGCAAAUGGCUUUUCACCAAAUACGACGGUGUAUAAUGCGUAUAUUGACGGGCUUUAUAAAGGGAGAGAGUCUCAGCAAGCUCUGGCUAUAUUCGAAAGGAUGAAGAGAGAAAACUGCGAACCAACCGCCGAGACGUACACAAUGGUGAUCAACAUAUAUGGGAAGGAAAAUAAAUCUUAUAUGGCCUUAGACGUGUUUCGCGAGAUGAAGAAUAGAAAAUGCAAACCUAAUAUUUGCACUUACACUGCACUUAUGAAUGCAUUCGCGAGAGAUGGACUAUGUGAAAAGGCAGAAGAGAUUUUCGAAGAAAUACAAGAAGCAGGGCAUGAGCCUGAUGUGUAUGCUUAUAAUGCUCUUAUGGAAGCUUAUAGUCGGGCAGGUUUCCCUUACGCUGCUGCAGAAAUAUUUUCUCUUAUGAAACAAAUGGUGUGCGAACCGGACACAGCCUCGUAUAAUAUACUGUUGGAUGCUUAUGGGAGAGCAGGCCUUCAUCAAGGUGCACAAGCCGUGUUUGAUGAAAUGAAGCGACUUGGAAUAGAACCGACCAUGAAAUCCCACAUGCUCCUCAUAUCAGCCUAUUCAAGAAUCGGAAACGUGCUAAAAUGCGAAGAAAUUGUGGACCAGAUGAAAAGUUCCAAUCUCAAGCCAGACACAUUCGUCCACAACGCAAUGCUGAACUUAUACGGUCGUUUGGGCAGGUUCGAAGAGAUGGAGCAAGUUCUCGCAGCAAUCGAGAAGCCCGACAUCAGCACCUACAACAUCUUGAUCAACGUGUACGGACGGUCAGGAUUCGUCGACAAGAUGGAAGAGGUAUUCGAGUCCAUUAUCUCCAAGAAGAAUCUGAGACCGGAUGUGAUGACGUGGACUUCUAGGAUUGGCGCGUAUUCGAGGAAGAAACAGUUCAAGAGGUGCACCGAGAUUUUCGAAGAUAUGAUCGACAGUGGGUGUUAUCCAGAUGGAGGGACUGCUAAAGUGCUUCUCUCUGCUUGUUCUAAUGAAGAUCAGAUUGAACAGGUUACUCAUAUUGUUAGAACCAUGCACAGAUCAGAUGAUACCUCGGAGGAUUGAUUGUGAUUGGUGGAUGACUACAGAGGUGUAGAGAAUCAGGUGAGCAGGAGAUUAUAGCCCUUGGAACAAAAGUGGGAUGCAUUGCUGACACAUCAACCACUACCAUCCUUAUUUUUUAUAAUUUUUAAUCAUUAUUUUUUUAUUGUUUUUUCUUGGGAACUUGAGUUGGUGAUUAGUUUAAUUAGUAAUUAGUAAUUACCCACCCUACUUGGUGUUUAUUAGUCAGGUGAGUUCUUAUGAGUAAAUAUUAUAUAGAUGCCGCCCUCGUAUAUGCUAGAAAUUCGGAUUCACCCCCUAAAGUUUUUUCUUUCUUUCAUUUAUUUGGUAGACCAUGAAUCUCUCUCCAUAUAAAUAACUAUCGAGCACAUCAAUAUUU